AUGUUACAAUUGGAGCAGAUGCCAUCUUAUGCUAAGUUUAUGAAGGAGUUAGUUUCCAAGAAAAGGAAGUUGGAACAUGAUAAGACAAUGCCAUUAACAAAAGAAUGCAGUGCUAUUCUUAAAAGAAAACUUCCUCAAAAACUCAAGGAUCCAGGAUCUUUCGGCAUCCCUUGUGAAAUUGGAAAAUGUAGUGUGGGAAGAGCUUUAUGUGACCUAGGAGCAAGCAUUAAUCUCAUGCCCCUAGCUAUCAUGAAGAAGUUGGGAAUAGAAGAAGUGAAACCAACCAACAUUACACUGCAAUUAGUUGUGAAUCUUUCACUUAUCCAUAUGGAGUUGUAG